AUGAAUGAUGUCCCUGAAAAUGCGAACGAAGAUUGCCCCGGCGCAACAUCCGCAGAUGCAGGGAAGGCUUUUUCUUGUACUGGCUGUCCGAACCAGACACUGUGUGCGUCUGGUGAAAUAAGAAGACCAGAUAGUGAUCUUUUGGCAGUUACAGAUCGUUUAAAAAAUGUUAGACACAAGAUCCUAAUACUUUCUGGAAAGGGUGGUGUUGGAAAAAGUGCUGUAGCUGCUAAUUUGGCUAGAGCUCUGGCAGUGAACGAUAAAAUACAGGUUGGACUUUUGGAUAUAGACAUUUGCGGACCAUCACAAGCGCGGAUGCUGGGCGUUGAACAAGAAAGCGUUCAUGAGAGUGGUGAUGGUUGGUGUCCUAUUGUUGUAAAAGAUAAUCUUAUAGUAAUGAGCAUUGCAUUCUUAUUGCAAAAUAGAUCCGAAGCAGUUAUUUGGCGAGGAGCGCGGAAAAAUGCUUUGAUAAAGCAAUUUUUAAAGGAUGUAGACUGGGGAACUUUGGAUUACUUGUUGAUCGAUACACCUCCCGGCACCUCGGACGAGCAUAUCUCCAUUGUUCAAUUUCUUCUACAAGCAGGUUCUGUAGAUGGUGCGAUUAUAGUAACCACACCUCAAGAAAUAUCAUUACUUGAUGUCCGCAAAGAAAUUAAUUUCUGUCGGAGAACAAAAAUUAAUAUAUUGGGAAUAGUCGAAAACAUGUCUUCAUUCAUUUGUCCCUGUUGUUCGAACGUUUCACAACUUUUUCCACGCACAACUGGUGGUGCAGAAAUGAUGUGCAAUGAAUUAUCAGUCCCUUUACUUGCUUUAUUACCUUUCGAUAGCCACAUGGCUAAGUGUGCUGAUUCAGGAGAGGAUUACUUUGAAAAAUAUCACAAUUCUGCUCUAGCUAAAGAAUUUGAAAAACUUGCGCAACUCAUCUCUAAAUGA